AGGCAAAACAGAGACAGAAGUGUGUUUGGUGGUCCCACACUGUUUGUUCUUCAUAUAUCUCACUUCCUCCCAGUAAAAUCACCAGUUUGAACAUUCACUUUAUGAGCUGAUCAGUCAGCUGCAGCUCCUGCACUAAACCUGGGAAGUAUUCACAUUAAUUAUGGCAGGUCUCACAUGGAUCCUCUCUUUCAUGUGCGUUGCAGGGUCUCACCUGUUAGAGGCUUCACCUGUUCUCCGCACUGCCCUUGUGGUCCAGGCGGGGCAGAACGUCUCGCUGACCUGUAACCUGACUUCCAGUGGGGAAAUCAUCUGGUUUGUGCUGCGCUCUGAUCAGCUGCUGCCUCUGCUGACUGUUUCAUGGAAUAAAUUGGGUGAAACUAUGGUGGACCGUCACACAGCAAACAGCAGUCGCUUCAAAAACAAGGCCGAUAAGGAAGGCAGCCCGGUCAGUCUGGAGAUCAUGGAGGUGGAGGAGGAGGACGCAGGGCUUUAUUUCUGCAGCGGGCGCUGUGAGGGGGUUGUAUGUUUUAACCGAGGAAUUCGUCUGGCUGUUGAAGGAGUUGACGGGGAGUCAGACUGGAGGCAGCCAUGUUUCAGUCUGGGCGUCUGCGUUCUUCCAGCUUUACUGCUCUUCUGUUUCCUCUGCAUCGUGGGAUUCUGCCUCUGCUCAGGUAAACCAGCUGUUUGCUGCUGUUAUACAGUGAGAAGCGAUGCCAGGCGGAAGGUCACAGAGGACGUUUCUUUGCACUACUCCAGUCUGAAGCAUGCAGACAAGCUCCGCCCCUCCGGCCGAGGAGAGAGGGGAUUGGUCGACAACGAUGUCACGUACUCAACCGUGGCCGCACGCAAGGACCGAAAUGUAUCACAUGACCACAGAUAGAGAUAAAAUACCUUUCUUUUGUCUGUAUGUUCACAGCAGAAAAACGUCACUGAUUGUAUUCACUGAUCCAUUUCUUCUGACUUUUUAAAAUUAUAUUUUACUCUUAAAAUGAUAUUUUACACGUUA